UGUGAGGCCCAGGCGGAGGGAAGCUUCAGGCCUCAGGAUUCUCCGCUGGCUUUUAACCACGGGCUUGGGGAAGUGGGGUGCGAAACGGGUCCUCUUCAUUUCGGUGGGUUUCGGGCCCUGGCAGCCUUUUCGCGAAGGCUCGCUUCCGGCAGCAUGGCUCAAAGGGCCUUCCCGAAUCCUUAUGCCGAUUAUAACAAAUCUCUGGCCGAAUGCUACUUUGAUUCUGCUGGGAGGUUGACUCCUGAGUUCUCACAGCGCUUGACCAAUAAGAUUCGAGAGCUCCUUCAGCAAAUGGAAAGAGGCCUAAAGUCAGCAGACCCUCGGGAUGGCACUGGUUACACUGGCUGGACAGGUAUUGCUGUGCUUUACUUACAUCUCUUUGAAGUGUUCGGGGACCCUGCCUACCUCCAGAUGGCACAUUGCUAUGUGAAGCAAAGCCUGAACUGUUUGACCAAGCGUUCCAUUACCUUCCUUUGCGGCGAUGCAGGACCCCUUGCGGUGGCCGCUGUGCUGUAUAGCAAGAUGAACAAUGAGAAGCAGGCAGAUGAUUGCAUCACACGGCUAAUUCACCUAAAUAAAAUCGAUCCCCAUGCUCCAAAUGAAAUGCUGUAUGGACGAAUGGGCUACAUCUAUGCUCUUCUUUUUGUCAACAAGAACUUUGGAGUUGAAAAGAUUCCUCAAAGCCAUAUUCAGCAGAUUUGUGAAACAGUGUUAACCUCUGGAGAAAACCUAGCUAGAAAGAGAAACUUCACUGCAAAGUCUCCACUGAUGUAUGAAUGGUACCAGGAAUAUUAUGUGGGGGCUGCUCAUGGCCUGGCAGGAAUUUAUUACUACCUGAUGCAGCCCAGCCUUCAAGUGAGCCAAGCAAAGUUACAUACUUUGGUCAAGCCCAGUGUAGACUUUGUUUGCCAGCUGAAAUUCCCUUCUGGCAAUUAUCCUCCAUGUGUGGAUGAUAAUCGAGAUCUGCUUGUCCACUGGUGUCAUGGAGCCCCUGGGGUAAUCUACAUGCUCAUCCAGGCCUAUAAGGUGUUCAAAGAGGAGAAGUAUCUCUGUUGUGCCUACCAAUGUGCAGAUGUGAUCUGGCAAUACGGUUUGCUGAAGAAGGGGUACGGGCUGUGCCAUGGUGCUGCGGGGAAUGCCUAUGCCUUCCUGACUCUUUACAACCUCACGCAGGAUGUGAAGUACCUGUACCGGGCCUGUAAGUUUGCUGAAUGGUGCUUAGAUUAUGGAGCACACGGAUGCAGGACACCAGACACCCCCUUCUCCCUCUUUGAAGGAAUGGCUGGAACAAUAUAUUUCUUGGCCGACCUGCUAGUCCCCACGAAAGCCAAGUUCCCUGCAUUUGAACUCUAAAAGGAAAGCAUGCUCACACCCUGCAACUUACAGCAUGACCCUUUCUGUAUAUUCAAUCCUGGUCUAAGUGCUUUCAUUGCUUUUCAAGGAAACAGAAUCAAACUAUGUGCUUGAUUGAGUUGGGUUUUGUUUUCCAGAAUUUGUCUCUAGUUGAUUUUUUUUAUUAUGUACUUUUAUUUAAAAGUAUGCAAGGACAUCUGUUAAAUUUCUUCCAAAAGGAAGGACGGGUGAUAAAUACAGUAUUUUGUGGUCAUUUACAUGUAUUUUAGAAUUUAGAGGAAAAUCUUAUUUAAAUUUAUGAAUAUAACCAUCUGUUACUGUUCUAAAAAUAUUUGAAAGAAACUAAAUACAGAUAAACAAGGUUACAUACAUGACCAUGAUUGAAUAUUGCCCUCACCUCUUCUGUGUCAUAUAUUUCCUCCAACAGGAGGGUGGGCAGCUUUAUGACUUGGUCUUUCUCUAAGUGGUUGAUUAUAAAAGGGGACAAAAUAUAACUGUAUGCUUCCAGGUGAAAAACUUGCAAGAAUUAUAAACUAGACUUGGGACCUUACGUACCGUUUUUCAAAUUCCUGAUGUCUUUUUGGUCUAGAAACAUACUUUCAAAUCUGCCUCUUUAUCAAAAGGCAUCUGGAUACUGUAUGCCAGCCUUUUUAUAAAAAACGUAAAAUGUGAUGGUUAUCAUGAACUUUCUGAUGUGUAAAUUCAAGAUAAGCUAAUAACAGCUGUUUUAUUGUUUUCUCUAAAUGAAAAAAUCUAGUGUAUUUUCAAACUAUUAAAUUUGUUUGCUCUUUGGUAUUCAAAUUAAUUAGAUCACAAAGCUGAUUUUCUGUGGGAGUGCUCAGAAUCUAGUCUGCUAUAUUUGACUGAUCUUCUAAACUUUGACUUGUAUUUUACUUACUUCCAGUGACUGUGCUUUAGUGCUGGUUGUUUGGUACAAGCCAUAAAAUAUAUUCCGUUCUAUUAGUUUAUCUGAACAUUGGUCUUUUCACUGAAGAAUACAGCUUCUGCUUCUGCUUUAAAAAGGGUGGGAAGGGCAUUGCUCUGUAGCCAGUAACUUCAAAAAGAACAUAAGCUUUUGAUAGAAAAUUGUGUUCAUUAAGAGAAAUUACCAGAGGUCAUGCUUAUAACAAGUUAAUCUUUUCAUAUCCUAGGCUAAUAGUUCAUAUUUUUCUGAGAUACUAGAAUCAGGUUUUACAUGGCAAAUGAAGACUCCUGGUGCUUCAGAGUUCUGUACAAUUCUAUUGACUGGAAUCCUCCUUCUCUCUCCCAUAGCUGCCUUUGCCAGGCCUGCUUAGACUCCUUGGGACUGUUUUGGGAACAUUUUGUAGCUUUAAAAUAACAGGGUCUGAGAAUUUUUAGUGUGCCUAUUUCGUGGCUUUCUUGGUCACAAAAAAAAAAUGCUAUUUUGCCCGGGGCGUGGGGGCAGUGGGAAGAAUCCCUACAGAGUGUAUGCUGGUUCCUUUUUGUAGUAGUCCCCUGUUACUUUCUGUUAAGCACCACAAUAACUAAUAUUAUUGGAAAUUGUCCUACUCUGUAAAGGCUACUUGACAAUAGGAUCUAAAAAGUAGCCCACUGCUCAGUUUUUAGGAUUAGGUUAUUCCCUCCAUGACUGGUGUAAGUCAAGGGACUUGUGCCUCUUAGAUUUCAGAAGUGCUCUGGUAAGUUCGUGCAAGCUGUGCCUUUCUUGUGUAAGUUUCAGACCAAGGGUGUCAGCCCUUCCAGGAAUAAGUACCGUAGUGCACAGCAAACCACAUUUGCCUUGGCCUGGGGAUCCAGCUUGAGAGAAUACAGCUCAUUUGGCUUAAUUAAAUGUCGUAUCAUAUUGUGUCUGUACUUUUAGCUACUGGAGUUACUAACUAAGGGGAAAAGAACCAAACACUCUUUCUGUGAGCCAGGGGAGACUUGAUCACAGUUCUUAGUAUCUUACUAUAAUUUGAUCCCAGUUCUUAAUAUCUUACUAUAAUUUGAUCCCAGGAAGAUAUCAAGGUAGGGAGGAAAGCAUUUCAAAUAAGAUUCUUGUUAAUAUUUGGAUUAUACUUUAGCAGUUGUUAUCCAUUAACAAAUUCAUCUAUUCAAGUUUUUUCUUUUUUUUAAGCGUUUUAAGAUUAUUAUUAAACUGACAGGAUGUUUGUGCCAUUGUUUCAGUUUUGAUAAAAUUUUAAAUUCAGGCGGAAGUCACAAAGACAAGAUCUUAAGACCGUGGUGGAGACUGAAAGAAAUUUUUCAGUAGCUUUCUUAGCUACAUGGCAUCAUUGUUUUAGUUCUAUUUCUAUUAUAUUUUGACCGCUGAUAUUUUUCUUCUUGGUUAAAAACUCUUCCCAAAAGUUGCUUCCCAGAAAACUGAAUAACAUCAAUCUCCAUGUGAAGACUAGGUAGUAAAAUCCUCAGAGCUUUCCAAGCGGUGUCCAAUUUAUCCCAGCAUACACUUCUGUUAUUGUAGUGAUGAGAAAUUGCACUGGUUAACUUUUAAUCAUGAAAAAAUGUUAACAUCAUCAAGACCAUUUCCAUAGGCCCAUUGGACUUUGAGUUGUAGGUCUUUAAUCCUUAGAAUUACUUGACUCCUUUUUCAUCUUUUAUAUAAGUUUCAAUUAUUUGGCAUCAAAAACCUUCAUGGAGGUAGAAUUUUAGUUAAAAGGGGAUCUAAGGCUAUUUUCUCUCCUUACUAUAUCUUCCCUAAAGAACUGAAUUGAGAGAGACACUCUUUUCCUACAUUCUCAGGUUAGUUUGUGUCUGAUUUUAUGAUGCCCUGCCUCUACCAGCUGAUUUUGAAGUAGAAAAUGUGGAGAGUGAACAUUUAUUUAUAUACUCCUUUGGCUACUGGAACUCAUCUCUGAUUUCUUAUAUUGAGUUCUGAUUCCAUUUUCUGCUUCCCUGAACUGGUGAGAGCACCCCGUUUUGAUGUGUUUUGUACUGUUGAGUUGUAGAAGAAAUGUUUCUCUCCUGUAGGUAGAAAACCAUAUUUGGGAUAUUCAAAAAGCCAUAUUGUCAUUUAUUGGGAAAGGCUGAGAUCAUAUUUAUAUGUUGUGUAAAGAAUUUGAUCUAAUGGCUCACAAUAAAAUUUUACUAGGACUA